AUGGAGAAUGACUGGAGCACGACUGCGGCCGGUCAGUUCCUCAUGGCGCUCGACUACGGCUGGGACGUCCUGGGUCUUGUUGGCGAUACGGCCAACACUUGGGCCCUUCAGAGCAGUUUGCAUGCGCUGGCCCUCCUUGAAGUCGGCAACUUGUCUUGUAUUCCUGUGUACAAGGGCGCUGAUUACCCGUUGUUGGUCACGCCGAAAAUUAUGACGGCGUAUCAGAAUCUGAUGGGGCCGUUUCCUUGGAAAGGCGUGUUCGCAGAGUAUAACGAAACAGCCGAAUCGCUCGGCAGCGAGGCGACGGGUGGGGUUCCCCAUUCCAGUCCCGCGGCGCUGUACGAGGGAUACCCGAACACCACGGUGGCGGGUAACUACUCGGCUGCUUGGAUGAUCGAGCAGGUCCAUACCUAUCCCGGCGAGAUUGUAUUCUACAGCGGCGGGGCGUUGACGAACCUCGCUCUGGCCGUGAGGAUGGAUCCCGAGUUUGCGGCCUUGACCAAGGGGUUGUACAUCAUGGGCGGCUUUGCCGAUAAUAACCUUUUGAUGACGAGCGGUGAUUUGGAUCAAGCGGAUAUCAAUACCGACUUUAACUUUAAGGCUGAUCCCGAGGCGACUAAGAUUGUCUUGACGGCUGCCUUUCCUAACAUCACACUCGUUUCGAACGCAGCCAACGCCUACUUUGCGGAUACAGCCUACCUAGAGGAGGCCUACGAAAUCCAAACCCCGUACACCAAGCUCGCUCGGGAUUAUUCCGAGACUUAUCUGCCGCUGUGGGAUGAGAUCACGACUAUGGUUAUGUUGGAUCCCAGUGCUAUCUUGAAUCAGACUUCUUUUUACGUCAACGUCGACACCUCCUUUUAUAGCCCGACUUAUGGUAAUAUCUGGGCGUACCAGGAUAUCCUGAAGCCAAGUCUUCAAGACUUGAGAGAGGUCAACUUUGUCUACUCGACCAACGAGACAAUGUUGCGGACAACGCUGAAGCGGGCUCUGCAGUAUCCUAAGAGCUGUUCUUGA